AGCUUCUGCAUCAGGACUGAAUCCCCACCUCCCAGUUGGAACUGGGGUUGCAGUAAGGCAGGGCACCACAACCCGCCCUGGGGGAGCCGAGAAGGGCGGGGAUGUGAGGGGCAAGUCCUCAGUGCUGAGCCAGUGGCCAGAGCACCGCCCCCAGGAGCGGAGGGAGGGGUGGAGGAGCUGGGGGGUGCCCAGCUGCCAUCCCCGCUGCCUCCUGGCCCCCACUCUCUGGCGCCCAAGCAGGAGGGCGGCAGCUGACCGCUCCCUCCUUCCCACACCCCCGCUACCUGCCCAGUCCCCCGAAGCGAAGCGUGAGAAGGCUGAGAGCCAGUCGGGCGAACCCACAACUUUGCAGCCUCGGGGAAAACCAGGGUCGGCGUCCGGGGCUGCUCCUGUCGCCAUCCGAGCUGGGAAUGUAAUCGAGGAGAUGCUGGCCCUGCGGCUGCUCAACGUGGUGGCCCCCGCCUACUUCCUUUGCAUUUCCCUGGUGACCUUCGUACUGCAGCUCUUCCUCUUCCUGCCCAGCAUGCAUGAGGACCCCACAGCCACCCAGCUCUUCUCGCCUGCCCUGCUUCACGGAGCACUCUUCCUGUUCCUCUCAGCCAAUGCCCUGGGCAAUUACGUCCUGGUCAUCCAGAACUCCCCAGACGACCUGGGUACCUGCCAGGGAACCUCAUCCCAGCGAUCUCAGUGCCCACCACCGAGCACCCACUUCUGCCGAGUGUGCUCCCGAGUCACGCUGAGGCACGACCACCACUGUUUCUUCACCGGCAACUGCAUCGGCAGCAGGAACAUGCGCAACUUCAUCCUGUUCUGCCUGUAUACUUCGCUGGCCUGUCUUUACUCCAUGGUGGCCGGCGUGGCCUACAUCUCAGCUGUCCUUUCCAUCUCCUUCGCCCAUCCCCUGGCCUUCCUCACGCUCCUGCCCACUUCAAUCAGCCAGUUCUUCUCCGGAGCUGUCCUCGGUUCUGACAUGUUCGUCAUUCUCAUGCUCUACCUCUGGUUUGCUGUCGGCCUGGCCUGUGCCGGCUUCUGCUGCCACCAGCUGCUGUUGAUCCUCCGGGGGCAGACCCGCUACCAGGUUCGGAAAGGGUUGGCAGUGAGAGCCCGGCCCUGGCGCAAGAACUUACAGGAGGUCUUCGGAAAGAGGUGGCUGCUGGGCUUGCUGGUCCCCAUGUUCAAUGUGGGGACUGAAAGCUCCAAGCAGCAGGACAAAUAGCUGGCAAGUACGCCUGUCAUUUCUCUGUCUCAGUUCCUCCUGAAGACCACAGCACCCCUGUCUCCACCUGUGAAACACCACAACCUCCCCUAGGAAGGGCAUCAUAUCCACCCCGGGUCUUCAACCCUCUGAGGAUUCAUAACAGGUGCAUUCUGACACAGAGGGGAAAUAGCCAUCAGGGUACCACUAGGUUUCUCAAAGCCCAGCCAGGUAGGUAGCUGCUAACCUGUUAGGAUGUUUCUGCUUCAAGUUAUCUUCUGGGAAGCCCUUUCCUCAG